AUCGAUUUCUUGCGAAAGUUUCAGUUUUUAUUUCCUCAUUCAAUCGAUUCGCUUUCCACAGGGUCGAAAGUUUUGGUUUUUAAUCGUGUAUCGUAGCUCAGAAGAAGAAUAAGAAAGAAAGAAAGAUGAGUGGAAGUGGAGAUAAAGUUGUUGGAACUACAAAGACACCUGCUGAUUUCCUCAAAUCCAUCCGUGGGAGACCCGUUGUUGUCAAACUCAACUCUGGUGUUGAUUAUCGAGGCAUUCUUGCUUGUCUUGAUGGGUAUAUGAACAUAGCAAUGGAGCAGACAGAGGAGUAUGUCAACGGCCAGCUCAAGAACAAAUACGGUGAUGCCUUUAUCCGUGGUAACAAUGUUCUUUACAUCAGUACAGUGAAGGGACCCUUGGCGGACGGAGCUUAGACACUGCUUGAUGCAUCAUCAUUGUUCCAAAGAGACUACUUGCACUUGAGUCUAUUGACAUGUAUCACAAAUGUUUGGUUUUUUUUCUUAAAUGAUUUUGUGAUAAGCAUGGUAAUAGCAGCCGUCAUUUUAUUUGCCAAGUUGAUGAUUGAUGAUCCAGGAUUAAAAAUUACCAAACAAAUUACUCAAUAUCAUUUAUGUCGUUUCUCAAGUCAUCUUUGUAAAACUUUUAAUUACUCAGUGAGCAAUUGUGUACUUGUUUUAGCAGAAAUUUAUGAAUCUUAUCUAGAA